UUACAAUCAAUCAAUCGAUCGAUAUCAAUAUCAAUAUCACCAAAAUGAAUUCCGCCGGAGACCGAUCCGUCAUCUCGAAUGACAUGCAGGAGCUUCGCGAGGGCGGCGAAGAGAUCUCCCACAAGAUCCAGGGCCACAAGGCGAACCUUUCCAACCCCAACACCAGCCAGGCCAGCAAGGAGAACAGCAAGAAGGAGAUCGAGGCGCUGGGAGGAGACGCGAACCACUACGGCAACGAGUCUGAUCCUCGAAGCAAGAGCGCGGCGGACAACUUGGAGGGAAGCCGAGUUGGUUAAUUUAAUUAAUUAAUGGUAUAAUAUGAUAUCCAAAUGGAAU